AUGGCAAAUCGUGCCUUGGUUCGGUGCAAGGUGGGUGUUGUAGUUGCAUGUGCAGAACUUGAACGGAAAGUAACAUCAACUCAGAUUAAUUCGUCAUUCAGCAAUGCACAUUCAUUUGCUUGUGCAAAUGCUCCUCUACGAAUGCUGCUUUUAAUGAAGUGGAAGGAGCAGUUAUUGAGUUCAAGUGUUUUGCAACAAUUUGGAGGGAAAACACAGAGAUCAUCACAAUUUUCUGGCUCCAAUUUGUGA